CAGCGGCUACAAAACUUGUGAAGGAAUUCGCAAUUGCAAAGAUUGGUUCAGGCGUCUCGAUAGUGUCGUUACUUCGUGGAAGUUUUAGUGUUUUUCGAGCUUGAUUUGCGUUGAUUUUGAUUGCGUGUCAUGGCUACAGCAGAUGAAGACCUUCCGUUCCGUGCGGAAUACGCAAAGACUGGCAGGGCCAGCUGCAAAAUGUGUAAAUCGCCAAUCGGGAAAGACUCAUUGCGACUUGCCGCCAUGGUCCAGUCGAGUUUCUUCGAUGGAAGGCAACCGAAUUGGUUUCAUGAGAGCUGUUUCUUUAAAAAGCAGCGUCCGGCGUCUGAAGGUGAUAUCGCCAACUUUGAGAACAUUCGUUAUGAUGAUCAGCAGCGGAUAAAAAAACAAAUUGCGGAUCUUGGCAACGGAGCUGUGAUAGCACCCACUGGAAAAGGUAAAAAGCGAUCCAAAGGGGACUCUGCGGCAAUGAAAGAUUUCGGAAUUGAGUAUUCGAAAUCUGGGAGAGCGACAUGUCCUGGCUGUCAACUGAAAGUAUCGAAGGAUGACGUACGUGUGAAGAAGGUGGUUUAUGAUACUGAAGUGGGCAUGAAAUUUGGUGGCCAAGCUUUGUGGCAUCAUCUUGAAUGUUUCGCACAAAUUCGAAAUGAUUUAGGAUGGCUGGAAAAGGGGGAAAUGUUACCUGGAUUUAAAGCGCUCUCUGCUGAAGACCAAAAAAAAGUGAAGACACUUUUACCGGCAAUAAAAGCAGAGGGAGCUCCGGAGGUGAAGAAGGCAAAACUGGAGCUCAAAGAGGAUCCGGAAGCAAAGGAACUUGAGGAGAAGAUCGCCAAACAGAAUGCUGAAUUAUUCAAAUAUCGCGAUAAAAUCCAGAAAGAAAAGAUGAAAAAGGACGAUAUGAUCGCUAUUCUAGAGGAAAAUGAUCAAGAUGUGCCGGAGGGAGACACCCUCAAGCUGCUAAAUCUGGUUUGCGAUGUCUUAACAUUUGGAGCUUUGAAACGGUGCAAGAAAUGCAAAACUGGGCAAUAUGUUUUCAACAAAUCUGGUUACAUCUGCACUGGUGAUCUGAGCGAGUGGGUUAAAUGCGCCAAUUUAGAGAAGGAUCCACCUCGCAAGCCAUGCAUCAUAAGUCGGGAGUUGAAGGAGCAGUACUCGUUCCUGAAAAAAUACAAAGGGAAAGUACAAACUAGAGCUAUUAAGUAUGUUCCUCCAAGCGCUCCCUCCUCACUUGAGCCCAUUAAAAAGGAGGAAGACUUAGAUGGGACACCGAAAGUUAAGCGCGAGAAACCGCCACUUUAUCAAUUGCAAUUCGUUAUCAUUGGUUUGAAACCCAGUGAGGAAAAAAUCAAAAAAGCUAUUCACAAGUUAGGCGGUAAUGUUGUUUCGAAAGUACACGAAGGUCUCGCGGCGGUUAUUUCUGACGAAGAAGCGGUCGAGAAAAUGGGUUCUCGAAUGGAACAAGCAAAGUCUUUUGGUAUUCAGGUUGUGCCGGAGGAUUUCGUCGAUGCUGUAAAGGACGAUCCAUCAGGAGCGAUUUCUUAUAUUACCAGCAAGAGUAUUUGUGAUUGGGGAACUGACCCUCACUCUCGUAUACCUCAGGAGGAUUCAAACAAAUCGAAAUCCAAGAGCAUCUACACCAAGUCCGUUCCAAAAUCGAAAAAACUGAAGUUGAAAGGCGGCGUUGCAGUAGAUCCCGAUUCCGGAUUGGAUGAGGUUGCCCAUGUUUACAUUAAAGGUAAGGAGGUAUGGAAUGUGGUGCUGGGCUUGAUGGAUCUACAGAAGAAAAAGAAUUCUUUCUACAAGUUGCAGUUGUUAGAACGUGAUACUGGGAACAAGUACUGGCUCUUCAGAUCUUGGGGAAGGAUAGGGACAACAAUUGGGGGUAAUAAGGUGGAAGAUUGUCGCGGUUUAAUAGAAGCGCAGAAUAAAUUCAUGGAACUUUAUGAGGAGAAGUCUGGGAACCCGUGGGAAAACAGAGAUAAUUUCCAAAAACUUCCAGGCAAGAUGUAUCCAAUAGAUAUCGACUAUGGGGCAGAUGAGGAGAAACUUGUUGGCAUCGGGCACAGCAACAUUAAAUCCAACUUACCUGACCGCGUGCAAGAUUUCAUCAAAUUAAUUUUCGAUGUUAAUAUGAUGAAAAAGGUGAUGUUGGAAUUUGAUCUGGACAUGGAAAAGAUGCCUUUGGGUAAGCUAAGUACGAAACAGCUGCAAAGCGCUUAUAAGGUGCUCACGGAAAUUUCUGAGUUGAUUAAGAAUGGCGGGGAAACUUCCCAAUUUAUCGAUUGCACAAAUCGCUUUUACACAUUGGUUCCUCAUAAUUUCGGUGUGAAUAAUCCGCCGAUAUUGAACACAGUUGAACAAGUGACCCAUCACAGUGAAGUACUUGACUCUCUAAUGGAGAUCGAAUGUGCUUAUAACAUGCUCCAGAGUGAGGAAGCUAGUAAAGACGUUAAUCCACUUGAUCAACACUACGCCCAGCUUAAGACCGAUAUGGUUCCUCUGAGCAAGGAUACAGACGAGUUUAAAUUGCUCGCUCAAUAUGUUCAGAAUACUCACGCGGAAACUCAUCGUAUGUACGAUUUGGAAAUCGUAGACAUAUUCAAAGUCGCACGUAAGGGCGAAGAACGUCGCUUUAAACCGUUCAGAAAGUUACAUAAUCGCAAGCUUUUGUGGCACGGUUCUCGUCUCACAAACUUUGUGGGCAUUCUUAGCCAUGGCUUGAAAAUUGCCCCGCCGGAAGCUCCGGUAACUGGUUAUAUGUUCGGUAAAGGUAUUUACUUCGCUGAUAUGGUGUCGAAAUCGGCCAAUUAUUGUUUCACAUCAAAGGAGAACAAUACGGGUUUGCUAUUGUUGUCUGAAGUUGCUUUGGGCGAUAUGCUGGAGUGUACUCAGGCGAAGUACAUCACUAAGCUGCCGAAGGACAAGCACAGUCUUAAAGGUAUCGGACGAACGCAACCAAACCCUGAAGAGUCUCAUGUGCGUGCAGAUGGGGUGGAGAUACCAUUGGGAAAACCCCUUACCUCACAGGAUCUAAAAUCCUCGUUAUUAUACAAUGAAUUUAUUGUGUAUGAUGUCGCUCAGGUUAAUAUUCAGUACUUGUUUAGAGUCAACUUCAACUACAAAUAUUAGAGUGCUAAGCAGGGACUUUGUUAUAUUCUGUUGUUUUACGUUUUUUUUUGCCACAUUUUCGAAAGUAAUGCGUUGUUGCGUUGCAGAGCUUUGAGACCAAAAUGGAAAAUUGCUGAAUGCGCCACUGAUUGAUAACUGUAGAGGAACGCUUUGUUUUAAGCAGAAAAAAAAGAGUUCGAUUGUCUUAUUAUUGGAUAUAAGUGGCCCAUUUCCAAGUUUUCAUUCUAAUUUGAAAGCUCGAGAACUAACAAUGUGUUGUUAACCUAAACUUUAAAAUUUAUGCAUAACACCACAGGUUAUGAUUGAGCUACAUUCGCAUUCCUUUUUAUGUUUACGAUUAAUCUAAUAAAGUUGAAAGCCUACAGUGAAA